CGGAGACACCGCCACCGCCGAGUCUCAACUCAAGCAAACCCUAAGCCAUAAAGUUUCAAGAGAGAAACUGAAUCUGAUAUCCAUUGUGCAUCCAAGCCGCCGUCGUUGAGAUCAUCACCACCACAGCCACGUUGGAGAUCACUGAAAUUUGUGAGCCUUCUUACGAAGCACUCGAAUCCCGAACGUUCUGUAGAUGUUAAAGGAUUUCUUCGAUGGCAAGGAACCCAACAAAGGAACUAACCCUGAUGAGGUUUUGGCCUAUACAACCGCCGUCCAAGGUGGAGUAUUAAGUGGUGAAAGUGGAGAAGAAACGCAAAAAAACCUAAAUUUAUUGAAAACAGAUAUUUUGCUACUUGAUGUUGCGCCUUUGCACCUCGGUAUUGACACUGUCGGAGGCGUGAUGACAAACAUUAUUCCUCGGAUCCCAACGAAGAAGUCUCAGGUGUUCACUACUUACCAAGAUCAGCAAACUACUGUGACUAUCAACGUCUAUGAAGAGAUAAGCAUGACGAAAGAUAACCCCGAGCUCGGAAAUUUCCAGCUCACCGGCCUUCUUCCUGCACCUAGAUGGAGGUGACUUUCGAAGUGGACGCAAAUGGGAUUCUGCAAGUGAACACCGAAGACAAAGUUCCAAAGAUGUCACAGUCAAUUACAAUAACGAACGAUAAAGGUCGUUUGACAGG